GCUAGCUUUAUAAAUACUCACACCAAGACCAAAUACUCUCUAAAGUCGCUUUUUUUCUUCCUUGCUUCUUCACUAUCUAUUCACUUCCAUCUCAACAUAACAAGAAAGGCAGACAGAAAGGAACUAAAGAAAGAAAGAAAGAAAGAAAGAAAGGAAAAGGUUUAUGUAAAGCAGCAUGACUCACCAGCUUGAUGAUCAAAUGGUACUGAUCUCUCAGUACUAUCCUGAUAUAUACAACCAAUUGGUAUCGGAACCAGGAGAGGCAAAACCGCGGCGAAGACGGAAGAAAAACAAAGUUGAAGGGAGCAGCAGUGGGAUGAUCAUGAGGAAGAGGAAGCUUAGCGAAGAACAAGUUAAUCUUCUUGAACAGAGUUUUGAGGAGGAGCACAAACUGGAGACAGAGAGGAAGGACAAGCUUGCUUCUGAACUUGGCCUUGAUCCUCAUCAAGUUGCUGUUUGGUUCCAGAACAGAAGAACUCGUUAUAAAAACAAGAAACUGGAGGAGGAAUAUUCCAAGUUAAAGACUGAACAUGACACUGCUAUUGUUGAGAAAUGUCGUCUUGAAAAUGAGGUCAUAAAGAUGAAGGAACAGUUAUCUGAAGCAGAAAAUGAGAUACAAAAGCUGCUAUUGGAGCGUAAUUGUGAUGGUGUUUCAAGCAAUAGCCCAAUUAGUACUUCAUCAUUUACAAUGGAUCAGCCACCUUUACUUGGGGAGUAUGGAAUGGAGGGAAUAUUAAUGGAUAAUCUCUUUUUUGUUGCUGAAAAUACUUAUAAUUAUCAUGAGGGAUUAGAAUGGGUUAACCCUAUUUAUAUAUGAUAUAUGAUCCCUGGCCUAAUUAAUUAAAUUCUACAAGCUCGUAGAUAGUGAUCCACCUAGCUAAUGUAUGUACAUCUUUCUUCUAUCCUUGCUUUGUGCUUACUACUAGUGUAUUAAUGUAAAUUGUAAUAA